AGUGGUCUUGUCGGGAAGGAGGCCUCGGCAGUUCCAUGGGAUCUUAGAGAAAGAGUGCUACGUAAAGUCUGAUGCGGGGCAACUUGGGACGUUGCGGCCUGCGGACGAUAACACUCAACGCAUGUGACUGGCCAGUAGCUAUUUGUACUUGGUGUAAACGUACUCUUUCUGAGCUUAAACAUUGAGAAGUGAGAUCAGGUAGGUUGAGGGGAUGGAUGGGCUGAUGGAUUAUGCUGAUGGGGUGGAUGUGGAAGACCUGGAGUAUGGGUAUGGCCAGGAAGAGGACAUUGAUGACUAUGAGUAUGAUGCUGAUGACAGCCCAUUCAAUGAUGAAGGGUUCUCUUUCCAAGAAACUGUUGAGCACUGUGUUCUGCCUACAACCAAUGAUGCCAUAGGUCACAUUGGCAAGCUGCUUUUCUGGUGUUUUGUGCUCCGCAUCAUUGUCACUCUGUCCUCGGGCCGGACCAGCUGCAUGGUGCACUUGGCCUCGGCGCUGAUCGGCUGCCUGGUGUUGCACCACUUUUUCACCGACCUGCUGGUGACGUUCGUGGUGCACGCGGCGCUCUCAUACGUGACGCUGGCGGCGGUGACGCGCCUCGCACCGCGCUACGCCGGCCUCCUGGUGACAGCCGUCUCGCUCACGUUUGUACUCAGCUGUGAACUGUGGCUGGUGGAGGCGGCGCGCUGGCACAGCGUGCGCGGCGCCCAGAUGAUUCUGAUGAUGAAGGCCGUGUCGGCCGGUCUGGACGGGAGCCCGGCCGCGCCGCCACCCGGACCGCUUCAGUACGCGGGCUACCUGCUGCACCCGGGCACGGUCGUGUUCGGGCCGUGGAUCGCGCUCGCCGACUACACGGCAGCCGUGCAUACCCGGCCGGCCCAGUUGGCCAGCAUGCGCUGGGUGGUGACGUCGGUAGGCAGCCUGGUGCUAGGCUUGGUCUUCAUGACUGUCUCCACCUGCUGGCUCAACUGGCUGCUCCCCGACCGGCUCGUGCUUAUCUCCAUGUGGAUCGUGGCCUACAGAGAGGCGCUGUCUUUCCGCUCCAGCCACUACUUUGUUUCGUUUGUCUCCCAAGCUGCGGCCAACGUGUCAGGCAUCACUAGCGCCGUCUGGUCGCCGAGCGGCGAACUUCUGGUUAGCCGACCUACCGCCAUUGAAGCGCCACGUUCGCUGGUUGAGGUGGUCGUCAACUGGAACCUGCCCAUGCACUACUGGCUCAAAACUUACGUGUUCCGCGUGGCGCGGCCGGCCGGCACGGCGGCGGCCGUGCUCUGCACCUAUGGCGCCAGUGCCGUGCUGCACGGCCUCAACUUCCAGUUGGCGGCCGUGCUGCUCUCGCUGGGCGUCUACACGUACACCGAGCACCGGCUGCGCGGCCAGCUGGGCGACGCGCUGGGCCUCUGCGUGCUGGCGCGACGCUGCGCUCAGCCGUGCAGCCGGCACGCGGGGGCCGGUCGCUGGGCGGCGCGCGCCCUCAACCUGCCGCUGGCGCUGCUGGCCGCCUUCCACCUGGCCUAUCUGGGCGUCGUGUUCGACGGUUCUUCGGCCGGCGCCAGCGGCUACCACUGGCGGCACACGCUCGACAAGUGGGAGGCGCUGGGCUUCGCCAGCCACUGGGUGGCCGCCGGCAGCCUGGUGGUCACGUGGCUGCUCUGA